CACCCCAAAAGAUCAGGGUAACUAAACAGCUUGAUUGUUUAACGAAUCUAAUUGGACGAACAUGAAACAGUAACGCAUACGAACAAGUGAAUUUUGGUCUCAUGCGCUUUAGAAGAUUAUAAGAUUUACAUCCAAAUUCACUGUGUUUGUUUUAACUGUUUUCAGCAAAACACGAAAAGCAUGAUAAAGAUAAAGACAGCACCACUCAGAAAAUGUAUUUGUACCAUAUUCCUCACUAUACUAGUACUUUUGUGUGGAUUUUUUUCCUAUUUGUGGAUAUUUUCAAUGCUUUGCAUGAAUGAGACUCAUAUGGAAAUGGAUUUUCUUAUGCCUAAUUCAAGGGAGAUAAUGAACGACAUUCGAAGGACAGGAAAUACAAACGUGAGGCCCUUCAAUUCCAUCGUCAAGGACAAUGCUUAUAACAUAGACCCUUCAAAACAUUUCUGUGAUAACAAAGCUUGCGAUUCUCUACAAAUGAUGCUUGUCGUGAAAUCACAUGUGAUGAACUUUGGUCAACGAUAUGUCAUACGUAAGACUUGGGGAAAUGUAAAACAACUACGUACAAAAAUAGUUUUCAUAAUUGGCUACACAGACAUUGAAACUCCAUUCAUUGAGGAAGAAUUAAAACAGUAUAAUGAUAUUGUUCAGCUCAAUAUUGCUGAUACAUACGAUAAUCUUGUUUAUAAGACUAUUUAUUCCAUGUUAUGGUUAUUGGACCUUAAUAUUGAACCAGAAUUUAUACAUUUCGUAGAUGAUGAUAGGUUAGUUAACAUAAUGAAUGUUUAUGAUAUCGCUUCUUCCCAGAUUGCACAAUCAGAUUUAGUAAUGAUUGGACACAAAGUCAAUUUUCCGAGACCACAGCGAGAUAAUAAUUCUAAAGUUUACCUUUCACCUGCGGAAUAUCCGUUCGCUUAUUUACCAUCACAUAUAAUUGGAGGAACAAUUUUGACAAAUAUGAAAACCGUAAAAAUGUUAUCAAUUGGAGUUUUAUAUGUGAAGGUUAUUCCUAUAGAGGAUAGUUAUUUGGGAAUAGUGGCAGCAGCUUUAAAUAUAGAAAUGAGACAUCAUUCUGGGUUUCUUACCUGUAAAUGGCCCACGAAUGUAUUACCUUAUAUUUUAUCCUCUCCUGGUUACGAACCUACAUACGCCUUACUUAGAGACUGGAAGCUUAUUAAAAGACAGGGUUUUACUUCCAUGUAUAUAUAUUAUGAAGCAUGGAGUUUAUUGGAUAGCUAUGUAUUUUUGAAAUAAGAUGAAUGUUUGUUCAUAUGUCAACCAUGUAUAUGCACAAAGAUAUGUAGGCAUGUUCUCUCCCUUGCAACAUACGGGUAUCUCAAGAGCCAAAAAGGGAACCAGUCUAGAAGAUAAUUUUGUUUAUAUCAGGUUAUAUUACCUUCGGCAAUCUUCGGAUGUCCCCUUAAUAGGUAAUACGAUGGCGUCUAUACUGAAAUGCACUCGAAGUGCUAUACAAACAUGUAGUAUCGAGCACACGUAUUGGAGACUAUUUAUUAGAGACUUUUUAUAAUCUGGAUAUACAUUUAAGUAUUUGUGUAUCAAAUAUCAGAAUUUGAGUUAGAUUGGUGAACAUGAUAAUUCUGCACAUGGACGUUAAAGUAAAUACAAAUUAAUAGAACUUAAUAUAAUAAUUGCAUUUUCUACUGUAUUAAAAGUUAGAUAAUCCAA